ACUUGCAGACUGUAUUUGCUUGGGUGUGAUCUGCACAUACAAACGGAUGUCAUGUUGGAGUCACGCGUUUCCCGUUAACUCCGCGUGAACCAUGGGGUUUGUAGUUCUAUAGCCCCCGGGAGCGCGUUGACAGUGAACAGCUCAGAACUACAAACGGGACGGUUUGGCGCAGCCGCAGUAGGGACCAAAAGGCGCAUCCUGAGUUGAUUCCUGGACCCCUGCAGCUGUCGACGGAAACGUGAGGCGGUAAACGCUAUCCCGGAAAGAAAUACACUGGGUCUUCAAAAUGGCAGAUCGUGUGAAUAACUUUCCUCCCCUGCCUCAGUUUGUGAGAAUAAAGCCGUGCUUUUACCAGAACAUUGAAGAGGAAAUCCCUGCACCCCACCAGCAGUUGGUGCGCAGAGUCUACACAUUAUGGAUGAUGUAUUCAGGCACACUAUGCUUAAAUCUGAUUGGAUGUAUUGCCUGGUGGGCCGGGGGUGGAGGAGCAACGAACUUUGGGUUUGCUAUCCUCUGGCUCAUCCUGUUCAGCCCGUGUAGUUACACAUGCUGGUUCAGACCGCUCUACAAAGCCUUCAGGGCCGAUAGCUCUUUCAACUUCAUGACUUUCUUCUUCAUCUUCUUCCUCCAAUGUGUCUUGGCCCUCAUCCAGACUGUGGGCGUCCCUGGCUGGGGAACAUGCGGCUGGAUAGCGACAGUGACCUUUUUCAGCACGAAUGUGGGCUCUGGUGUCGUGAUGCUAAUCACAGCGCUGCUCUUCUCUGCCGUGACCGCUUUAAUGGCUCUGGCUCUCAUUCAGGUUCACAGACUGUACCGUGGCGGCGGCGGCAGCAUGCAGCGUGCUCAGGAGGAGUGGAGCACCGGGGUGUGGAAGAGCGCUCCGGUGAGGGAGGCCGGCUUCAACGCCGUGGCCCAGACGGCCCAGGGCCCCAGCCUGCCCCAGUACCCCGCCGCCGUGCCCAGUUACCCCGACGACAGCCACUGGUGAUGGCUGCCAUCGGCCACUAGGGGGAGACAGAGUCCUGCUCCUGUCUCACCCUCACAUGACUAAAUGCAUAGGCGUAUUUUUUUGAAUGAGAUAGGAUGACUAUAAAAAAAAGUUUUAUCGAUUUAUUUUAUUUUUUCACCAAAGCUCAUUAAUACACUAUAUGCCAUUCCAUUCCAUUUCAACUUUUUGUUUACUUUUAUUAUUGAAAUCGAUGAGACAGAACUACAAUUUUAUGCUCAAAAAGGAAUUUGUUUGGACAAAUGUACAGUCUUGCAAAUAUGCAAUUUGGAAACUCAAAACGAGUGAACUUUUUCAGUAUAGCUGUAUGUGAAGGAUGUGUGCCUUAUGGACCUUUUAUGAUAGUUUUAUGUAUUGCCAAAUCUGCAUGCUAGAAGUUAAAUGCUGAACAGCAGGGGUCCUUUUUUUUUCUUCUUUUUGCAACAAGAGAACGUAUGCAAACUGCACGAUUUUUAUCUUUUGUGUGUAUAACGUGUAUUCAGUCAGGAGUUCAGUUUAUUUUUGAUACGCUCGGCUUUAAAAAGCUCCCUGCUUGCCUGCUUUUGGCUGUGAUUUCUUGAAAUGCGCCUUAAUAUUACGUGCAGAUUUUGUAUGUGGAAAAAAAAAAUCUUGCUUGACUUUUUGCCCUAACAAAAGCUGCUUUUUUUUUUUUCUUGGUGAACUGGAUUUAUGCUUCAGUGAAGCAACAUGUGGAAACAUUUCAAACGUUGUUGGUGCGUAAUCCUCCUCUGUGAUUUGUCACUGAUGUGCCAUAACACUUUCCUUUAUUUUGAUACUGAUUAAAGCCACACCCAGAGUAGAUACUGUGCUGCACUCCUACACUGUUUGCUUUUAGUGAAACAACCCUGUGAGUCGUCAAUGUUUCAGUCAUUUCACGCUCCCACACAUAGAACGAGUCUUUGUUUGGUGACUACAGUGUGUUUGCAUGCAGCCUAUCUUCUCUUAUUUCUAAUGAACUGACUUCAUGUAACCAGUAAUGACACAAACGAUUCUGUUUCUGACUGAAAAAAUAACUGCAAAUGGAUCUGCAGUGAAAUCAAAUCUUGCAUGUGAAUGUAGUCACAGUGUUUUUAAAUGCAGGCUGCUAUUCCAAGUGUGGACUCAUUUAUUAGUCUGGAAUUCAUUCAAAAAACAAAAAGCAAAUUCUGAUAACACACACUAAAUGUGGCUUUUUAUGCAGGUAAUCUGACACUUUUAAUUUGAAGCAAUGAUCAUAAAAAGCCGAUAUGAAGAAUAAUCUCUGACUGGAAGUUCAAGGUGCCUGACUCACGCUUUGAUUUAUUUUAUUUUAUUUUCUUGUUACAAAAGUGUCCUUCAUGGCCAACUGCCAAGUAUUUUGAUUUUUCUCUGUUAUUUGAUAAGUGACUCAAUAAAAUGGAUGUUAAAGUAAACAUUUCAAUAAAUAUUCUUAUUCCCAA